AUGGCUUUGCAAUAUAGUAUGCGACAAGAUCGUCCUAUCAAUGUCCAGCAACACUAUAAUGUGCCCAAUUUACAGCCUGUCUCCAUAGCUUCCUACAACUACCCUUAUCAAUCUUCCCCCGACGUUGGUAAACCGGUACAAGUAAACCAAUCUCUUCAAUGGAGUUCACCACAGCAGCUGCAGGCACCUCCGCGUUAUCAAAUUGGCGUCACGCAGCCUCGUAUGGAACCGACUAAGCCUCCAAAAGCACCAGAGAAACCUCUUAUGCCAUACAUGAGAUACAGUAGCAAGAUGUUCGAAAAAGUGAAAGAGCAACAUCCUGACUUAAAACUAUGGGAGAUUGGAAAAAUGAUUGGUGCAAUGUGGAGAAAUCUCGAUGAUAAACAAAAACAAGAGUACUUUGAUGAUUACGAAAAAGACAAGAGACAAUAUAAUGAAUCUGUAAAAGCAUAUCAACAAUCACCUGAAUAUCAGGCCUGGGUUAUCUCCAAAGCAAGAAAUAAUGCUCCCCCUAUACCGAAUCCGAACCCGAACCAAAACCCAAAACCUCAAGUAGUUCGUUCAGCACAAGAUCAGCAAAUAUACGACAAAGCAAUGCAGCAUGCAGCACCUUCUGCUCCUCUACCAGAGCCUCCUAUUAGUAUGCAAAUUAUAGAAGAUGAAAGCGAAGAAAAUGAACUGACGGAACAGCAUAUUGCUGCCGCACGUUUUUACAGAAACAAUAUAUUAAUGAAUGAAAUUUUCAGUGACACUGCUGCACGUGAACCUAGCUCAGGGGCCACAGAUGAUCGCGUAAAAAUAUUAAGAGAUCGACAAGAAUCUCUUAAGCAAAUGCAAAAAAAGCAAGAGAAAGAACUACAAGAAUUACAGGAAAAAUUUGAACAAAAGAAGAGGAAAUACGUGGAAAAUGAUGAAAAGUUUAGAAAUAAAUUGAAAGAGUUGCGUUCGAAGAAGGAAGAAACUCAUGCAGCGUUGAAGAAAGCUUCUUAA